AGGUGGGAUGGACAAUUCUUUAAAAUGACACCUCUCCUACCUGCCCAGGUAGUCUCUUACCUUACUGUACACCGUGCAAGGUGUCAUUACAGGACGUUGGGGAUGUGUAUGUGCAUGAAAAGAAUCUCAAUCCAAGUGCAAGUUUAUCUGCUUCUUUUCUAUCCCCUUCUCCCUGCCGCUGCCAUACAACUUCACCAUGAACGGAACAAUUAAACUGCAAAUCUUCCUGGGAACUUUGAUCUUCAUCACUGGAUCAUCCCUUCAGGAUCAGCCAUCUUCUCCCCUAGUCAAAGUAAACGUUUGGAGCACAGGAGCAAAGGAUUCUUAUCGGUAUCAUCAUGUGAAGAGAAGGGCAUCUAGCCGCCAGAAACGAGCCUGGAUUGUAGAUGCUUUUGAGAUACAGGAGGAGCUGCCUGGUCCCUACCCAAAACUUAUCGGAACUGUGAAUUUGGAAAAUGGAGCCCAGCUCCGCUAUAAACUCCAGGGUAAAGGAAUUAAUGAAGAACCCAAGGGGCUUUUCCAUAUUAAUGAGGAUAAUGGAAACAUUUACGUUCAUGAUAAAAUUGAUUAUGAGGUCACCCCCAUAUUCCAUUGGGAAUUCCAUGCGAUCAACAGAACUUCCAAUAAAUUGGGUACAAAACUCGGAAUCCAACUCAAGGUUAUAGACAUUAAUGACAAUGCCCCAGAGUUCAGCUCAAGCUCCUAUGAAGUUGCGGUUAAUGAAAGCUGCAUGCAAGGGUCUACGGUCUUCACUUUACUCGCUUAUGAUAAGGAUGAUCAGUCCAGUCCCAACUCGUUGGUGUAUUACACCCUCUUGUCGCAGACACCCACUGACCCUGAUGUUGAAUUCACAAUACAUAAAGAAAAAGGCUUCAUAUCAUUCAAGGGCUGCCUCGAUUAUGCGAGAAAUAAGAAUUACCAGUUGAAAUUUGAAGCGAAGGACAACGGCGCUAAAAUCCAGCAACACCGCCAGUGUGAAGUGAUAAUAAAUAUAAUAGACCGGAACAAUAACCCUCCACUCUGGGAUUCUGAAGUGGGUCAAACCGAGAUUGCAGAGAGAGACGAGAAUAAGACAAUCAUACGUUUGGCUGUAACAGACAAAGACACCCCAAAUACUCCUGCAUGGAGGGCGGUAUACUCGAUAAUGGAAGGCAAUGAAAAUGGGAACUUCAAAAUAGAAACAGAUCCUGUAACCAAUGAAGGGAUCCUCACUGUUAUCAAGGCCUUAGAUUAUGAGAAGAGCACUCAGAACAACAUUUCUAUAAUCGUAGCCAACAUGGAGCCCUUGUUUAGCUGUAAAGUUGUGGAGAGGACCCCAACUGGGCUGUGGGUUGUGAACUCUGCCAAAAAUAUUAAACCAAAGACUCUGACACCAAUGAAAGGAGUGGCCGUGAAGGUCAAGGACACGAAUGAUCCUCCCGUGUUUGUCAGUGAAAAAAUUCAAUAUAAUAUAGUGGAACACUCUUUGAAACCAGGAAGCCAAAUUGGGACCAUACAAGCCAAGGAUAUGGAUAUCGUUUCUCCAAAUAAAAUCAAAUAUGCUAUCUUGAAUGACCCCGCUAACUGGGUAACUGUGGAUGAGGUUACGGGGGUCAUAACGUGCACCCAGGAUAUGGAUAGGGAAUCGGAAUUUGUAUACAACAGCAAAUACAAUGUGACCAUUCUGGCUGUGGAUGAUGGCACCCCAUCAAUGACCGGCACUGCAACCUUCGUGAUCAAUCUCAAGGAUAUAAAUGAUAACACUCCCACACUGGAAAGUCCUUACAUGACUAUAUGUGAAAACGAGGAGGAGGUGCUUAUGUCGACACCUAUUAUUGACCGAGAUCUGGAUCCUUAUUCUGGACCUUUCUAUAUUGAGGCACUGAAUAAGGCAACAGAGAAGAAACAUUUGAAACUGACCGAGAACAAUGGUAAUGUCCUUAAAGUCCUGAAACUAAAGGAUGCCCCUAGAGGAAAUCACACUCUCCACCUGGAAAUUUAUGACCGACAAGGGGAGAUAUCCAACCAGAAUUUUACAGUCUUUGUGUGCGAGUGUCUAGAAGGCGGUGUUUGCUUAGAAAAUAUGAAUGAUCCACCUGCUCUGGGUGGAGGCACCAUUGCAUUACUCCUUUUAGUGCCACUAUUGUUUCUAGGACUGAGCCUCCUGCUGUGCAAGAUUCAUAGAGUUAAAGUGAUGGUCCCUGUGGAACAAGAACCGUUACAUUCUAUGAUUACCUACAACGAAGAAAGUGGUAACACGGAUUGUCAGGCUUCACCUGGUGUAGUGGAAAAUGUAGCCACUCAAUUUGGUCAAGGAGUCAAGGUACAAAAGCUAUACCCUCAUUCUGUACUGUCUAAGGACAAAGAAGGUAUAGCGGGAAAAGAGAUUGAUGCCGCAUUUCACCGAGCAAGCACCAGAAAGUACUCAGCCCCAGCUAUGAUGAUGGGAAAAAAGGCGAUGCUUGACUGUUUCAAUAACCAACAGUAUCAGUUUCAUAGGCAUCAGUCACUAAGGAAAACGACUGUGACAUCCAUAAAUCAAGCAUCAGCCAGGCGGCACUCGACUUUCCAUGGGGAAAGAAGGGCCAGUAGCCAGAUGAGGAGGGGUGUGGCUGGGACAGGACAGCUCCUCUCAAGUGCAACCAAUUCCAACUCUGCGAGGUCCUACCAUUCCAGAAUCUUGGAAAACGUAAUAAAGCAGAAACUUGAUUCCUAUGUGGAUGAUGAACUAGUAACCUACAAGCCUAGGGUUUAUAUGCUGGAAGGUGACCUUUCCCCGGCACCCUCUCUGGAAGUCAUCAGUAUAGGAGGCAGCAGCGUUAAAUUAGAGAGAUUGGAGAACCUUGGUUCCAAGUUCAACAUUCUGGAGCAUAUAUGUGCAGAACAAAUGCAUGAGGGAUUCAUGGAGGAACCUUAAACAUCUAGACAACCUUAACAGUUUGACAUCAAUAUUUGAGUGUCUUGCAGUAAUAUGGGUACUUGACAUGGUUGGUGAAAUGCAAACUGGAGGCUAAGAAUAUUGUCUAAACCACAAGUUGGUAGAUCUGUCUGCAGGGACAUUAUUACUUGAAUUCUCCACCUGCCUCUACAACCUCCAUCAAAGUUGAGAACAUGAUGAAUCCUUACUUGUGCCAUUUGUCUGUUUACAUGGGAUACCAGUUGAAUAAUGUUACAGAUUCCAUAUAUCAAAAACCAUGGAACAACAACGACUUACGUGUCGUAAUCCCUUUAAACCCUUCCAAAACACAGAUAAUCAGCAGGAACACUGAUACAUACCUGAUUUAAACGAGACCAGAUGGAACAUGUAUGAUAAGGAAGGCAUUGUGCAAAGUGCAAGAAAUGGGUGCAAUCUUCCAUGUUCCUGCACCUUGCACCCACCUUCCUCAUUAAGUGAAUUGCUAAAGGUCCUAGUACUCUGUCCCCUAACUUGUGCAUCAUUCAGAUGUGCAGUUUAUGGAGGGAGAUAGUGGACACAGAUCCUGUACUUACUACCUGCCCCAGCCUGCCAGCCAGACUCCAGCGCACUUUUGUGCCCCUUAGUAUUAUGUGUGGAGAAUUUGCAAACGGCCCUUCUAUUGUUUAAGCUUUUCCGUUUAAGUUUUACUACCUCAUUUAUUGUAAAUAUUAACUUUUUUUGGGUUUCUGUUUAAUCACACUCUCCCGCUGGUGAAACUGGCUUAUCAAGCUGUUAGUGGUUCUUAUGGGUAAUUUCAAUUAAUCUAAAUAUUGGCUAAAUUUCUCUAAAAUGUUGGAAAAAAAUCUGCAAAAUAUUGGAUGACUAGUCCCUUCCUUAGAAACAUUUGUUUUAUGGCGAUAAUGGGUUUUUGGAUUGAGCUGUUUGAUAAAUAAAAGAGAAUGCUGUGAAAGGUGAAGCCUCUAUAUUUGUUUAAAUGGGACAGGUGCAUGGUCCAAAGCCAUGACCCUAUAUGUGUCUGUAAGCUGGCAGACUCCAGUAGGGAGGGAUCUGUAACAGACUAGAGAUACCAAAACUAUCUUUAGGGGGUUCCAAAUAAUGAAGAUCAUAGGUAGCUCUAGGUACAAAGAGUUUCGGUAACUUGUAGAGCAAAACAAGACUUUUUUUUAUUAAAUUAGCCCAACCUGUAGCCUUUGAGAUGUAAUUCAAUAACAGCUUAAGGGUUCCAUAAAGUCUGGCUUUAUGGGGUGCAUCACUACUACAUAUAGUCCUGGAGAUGAUAGCUCUGUAAAUAUUGCUGUUUAUCUUCAUGGGUGCCAAAGAAAUGAUCAGCAUUUGUAUGGAGAACCUCUAUAGAGCUGAAGGCAAUGACAAGCUUGAAGCCAAACUCUUCGGAAACCAUAGAACAAAAUGAAACAUUACAGGUGAUAAAUUGUUACACAAAUUA